GUUUUAAAAAAUCCGGACAUCCCUCUUCCAGUUGGAAUUGUACCCAUCCGGGCACUUCUCGCUUCCGCUAACAAACAGCGGGACGUUGAAGAACAAAUGGAGAACUUCAUCCUGUAUGAAGAACUUGGGACAGGCACUAGCUCUGUUGUCUAUAAGGGAAGAAGGAAAGGCUAUCUCAACUAUGUAGCCAUCAUCUGCGCCGACAAAGCCAAGAGACCUGAGAUCACCAACCAUGUACGUCUGAGUCAUGAUCUGGAUCAUCCAAACAUAGUAUGUUUCUACGAGUGGUAUGAGACAAGUAACCACCUCUGGUUGGUGGUGGAGCUCUGUACAGGUGGUUCCCUGGAGUCUAUAAUUGGUCAAGAUGGAUGCCUGUCAGAAGAUGUGGUUAGAAGCUUUGGAUGGGACUUGGUCCAAGGACUAAAAUACAUCCAUCGAUUAGGAAUCAUUUUCUCUGACUUGACUCCUGCUAAGAUCUUACUGGAUGGCAGUGGCACUCUGAAGUUUGGUAACUUCGGUCUGUCCAAGGCAGAUGGAGAGAAACAGGAGGAUUUCUUCUCCUUGAUGGGUACAUCUGAUGAGGCAGGGGAAGAAGAUAGAAAGGGGAACUUUUACAACACAAGAAAAAGAUUAAAUGGACUUCCUAUUUACAGAGCUCCAGAGGUUCUGCAGGGAUCAGAAACCAAUAUGAGCUCUGACCUCUGGGCUCUCGGUUGUACACUCUACUACAUGUUUGCUGGUAAACCUCCGUUCUAUUCUGAGAGCUACACUGAAAUUACCGAGAUGAUCUUACAUCAGGAACCACCACCGCCCAGACAGACAGUGCCUUCGGCCAGUCCUCCCAGUGUGGACUUCCUGAAUCUCCUGAAAGGCUUGCUCAACAAAAACCCUGAUAAGCGGAUGAACUGGGAUGAGUUGUGUGAGCACCCUUUCUGGACACCAAUACUAAUGGAGGAAAAAGGAGAAGAAGAAGAGGAAGAAGAAGGAGAAGAGGAGGAGGAGGAGGAGGAGGAGGGUGAAGGAAGGGACCAAGAGGAAAUACAUAGCUGUGCGGGGGUCAUUAAAGCUAAAUUGAGAUACACAAGGAUCCCUGACCUUUUCCCUCCAGGACAUGCAGACAAGCUUUCCAACAGUCAGCCACCUUCUAGGAUCUCAGAGAAAGAAAUAAAUCUCAAGAAAUUAAUUUCAUCACAGACAACAAUUGCUUCAAUUUACGGCCCAUCUGACAGAAAGAAUGAUUGCCAACAAGCUCUCCGACACAACACAUGUGGAGGUUCAAGGAACAUCCAGGGCUUGGAUAGGGAGAUGGAGCUGGAGAAGGAGAAAGGAGGAGGUGGGGUGGCAAAGACAGAAGAUGACUCCAAGAUAACUGGGGCCAAGCAGAUGUGCCACACACUGCCGCCCAAUAAGUCGUUAAUGCUUGAUAAUGUAUCAGAGCUCAAGCCAAAGAGUGGUGUGGAUGAGGACAAUAGCGAAUCCAUUUUUCUGAUCAGGAGAAGCUGCAGUAUCUCAGACUCUCCAAACCAGACCCAUGCACCUCAGGCUGCGACUGGUACUGACUUCACGUCCUCUAUGAAAGCUCUUCUCCACACUGACUCUGAUCUGACUGUCACCCAAAUCAUGGACAACCCCAAGAUUCUUAAGAGUCCUCCAGUGCGUUUUGAUACCAAAACCCUUUGUGUACCAGCAUAUUCAGUUGAGAAGCUGCAGUCCCUCAGUGAUGAAGAGUGGACGGUCUUCCUCUACCAGCUUUGUUCAUCCCUUGAACAGAGUGCAUCUACUGCUCCUCCUCCCCUUCCUCCACCUCCUCCUCCUCACUCCACAACCAAUCGCUCCAGGCUCAACCUGCUGUGUUACCUCUGCUGUGUAGUUGGCCAUAAAGUUAUUGCUAACAGGCUGAUGAACUCACCACUGCUUCCAGUAUUGACCCAGCAAUUACGACAAUCUUCGAACUGGGAUGUACGGAGCAAGGUUCUCCGAACAAUUGGUCUGCUGGCUGUGCAUUGUACUGAUUUGAAAGAGGACAGUCCUGUUUCUGAGACUGUGUCUGCACUGACUGACCUGUUGAGAGAGAACCUGAGGAAUAGCAAAAUAAAGCAGUUCCUGCUGCCACCACUCGGGGAGAUCCUCCACCUCAUCGCCUCUCAGGAGAAGAAGAGAGCCUCCCCAGAGGGACUGUGGUUGGUUCCCGCUGCCGCCUACGCUGGCUUAAUGAGGAGCCUGCGGGAAGGGGAUGAUCCCAUAGUCCAUCACAUGGCCGCUAAAGCUAUCGAGAACAUUUCCACCGUGGUCUCUGACCCCUCCCACCACCUGGUUACCACGGAGAUAGGGUCUGCACUGUGGUACCUAUUCACGCACUCCACUGUGGAGGCUGUCAGAGUCACCGCCAUCUCUGCUCUUUCAAGGCUGGCCCAGUCGGCCCCAGCAGUGAUUGACACCUGUGGCCCUGCAGCCAUAUUGGAGGGUGUUGGUGAAGCAGGGGCCAGGGUCCAGCAGCACCUACUCACUGCUGCGGCUGCUGCCCUACUCACAUCAAGCAUCCAUACACACCGCGUCGCACAGAGCAAGGACUUGGUGUUGAAGGUGCUGAGUUGUCUGGAGAGUCCAUCCACAGUAACAAGAGCCAAGGCAUUUCUACUGCUGCUUUUACUAAUACAGGACAACACAAACACACUGCUAUUCUGCUGUCAACAAAGACUCAUAAUGCACCUGGAGAGAGACCUUCGCAAAGCCGCUCCCCUCAGAGAGAACCCCGGCCAAAUUGGAUAUCUGUCCCAGUGUCUGGACUUACUGAUUGUACAUCUGAGUGGCACUGCACUGCUGAUACUGGAGGAUGUCCUGUGUGCAUUACGAGGUGUGACCGGAAGGAAACAUCCCUCUGCAGCUCAGAGCAGAGAGCUUAAACACACUUUGCCCAGAAUGUCAGUGGUGCUGUACCUUAUUUCAUCCCAGGUUUUUAGAUGUAAAAUUGUAUCUGAAGAGUUUAUAGCUAAAAUUGGAUUUCUCCUGAACUAUAUAACCUCAAUAGAGUCCAAUGAAACAAAUCUCACCAGGGCUUUGGGUGCAGCAGUAUGUGAAGAGUUGAUUAAGACUUCUCUUUCGAUUGUGGAAGUCCUAAGUCAGCACCAUACUCUCAUUACUCCACAUCAUAGUGCUUUUGUGGAUGACAUCCUGCCUCCUCUGACAACACUGGCUUUCAGCAAAAAUGUGGAGUGGUCUGUGUUUGUUUUGAGGGUGCUGUCCGAACUCAGUCUUGUCCUGCUGCUCAAGGAGAGUAAUGAGACUGAGGAAGAUGAGCAGACAGAAGGAACGAAAGAGAGAAGGGAGGAAGGAGGAAGGCGAGAGGAAGGAAGAGAUGCUGGAAGCUCCUGUAAUCAAAUCGUAUCUCUCAUUAGUAAAUAUCUGCUCCCAAGGUAUGAGUCUCUUCUGCGAGCAGUAGAACCCACCCCGCUCUACGCACUCAGACUGCUGCUAUCGAUGACUGAACACAGCGCACAGAUCUGCAGGUUGAUUAAACACAGUGGGAUCCUACCAACCGUCUUUCAACUCAUUAUGGCCCACAGUAGUAGUGUUACCAGUGGGGUGGUCCAGAAUGCCAUCGCCUUGCUGUGUAAUCUGUGUGGAGACACAGUCUUGGAUCUGGAGACACAAUACCAACAAGGCCUAACGGAGGUGGUGGUGAUCACCCUCUCAGAGGCUGCGCUGGUCUACAUGGAUGGAGAGGGACACGCUGGGAGGAAGGUCAGCCAUCCUGUAUUGCAAGCCCUCCUCGAACUGCUUCACACCAUCCUAAAACAAACAUCUGCUGUCAUCCGCUGCGCUCUGCAGAGGCGAUCUUGCCCGGCAGUAGAAACUGAGGCAGCAGAGAAGCUCCUCCUGGAAAACAGACCCCUGAGCCAGCUCAGCACGCACCUCAUUCACAUGCUCUCCACUGAACACCAGGAGGUUUGGGAGGAAUCCAUCCAGUGUCUGUCCCUGCUGGUCCAGCUGUAUGGAGGAGAGGGUUACGACUGCCUGUCGCCCUCCUGUUUGCAAAGCUUUUCACAUGUGCUGCACACACACAUGCACAUGGAGACCCCCCGAAUCCAACGCACAACACUUAGGAUCAUCAAACGACUGGUGCAGACUACAGAGCGAUCUGAUUGGUCGGACUGUCCUGAAGCAGCGGAGCUAAUUGUUCUACUGCAGGACAUAACUACGUCCAACAGGUGCCCAGUCGAUGUGACGCCACUUGCUGCGGAAAUCCUCCAAGAGAUCUCUGGACACCAGAACAUUUCAGUUAAAGAUUAAGCAAACCACAGCCGUCCAACAUGUCAUCUUAGAACCAUAAAGUGGCUGUUGGAAUUAUCUUCAGGUAACCUCUUUACAUCAGCUACGGAUUGUUCCUUUAAGAUGUCAGUUUUAGAAUAAAAUGACCUUUGUCGCUUGCCGGA